UAAUGGCAGUGAAUAUCGGAACGCAGAUUAGCGUCUCCCACUAGAGUGGAUUUAGUCGCUUUUGGAGAUUAAACUCGGUAAAUCAAGCAACGUACGAUUGGUCGAUUUAAUUUAACUGAUGCUUGAUUGUCGACUGGAACUGAGCAAUUUGCUCUCGUCAGAAACGCAUUAUAAAUAUUGUUCAAAUGGUAGUAAAUAUGACAGUAGGUUUGAACGUGUCUGUACAUGUCGACACGACGUGCGGAGAUACAGUCAUUUCAUAACAUCAAACGAAUCGUAUUUGCUUAUUCAUUAACUUGUAUUUCGUUUAGAUCGACUGCUAUGAGAAUAUAAAAUUUACAUAUGUGCAUGUUAUUAACGUUUUUAUUAGCGUUCCGAUCGAAAACUGCAAAUCAUUCAGAUUCAAGUGGUAAAUCACUCUGUAUUUCUAAACUUAAACAAUUAUUUUAAAACAUUGCUUUGAAGUAUGGCUGGAGCAAAAAAAGCACUUAGUGGUUUCUCAAAAGUGUAUCUGGCGUUGUAUAAUCUCGUACAGACUUUGGGAUGGAGUUAUAUAUUAUAUAAUUUAAUAUUACAUUAUGUGGAUUCUUCCUCUACUGGCUCAUUAUGGGAAAAAGAGAAAUUAUUUCUCAAUAUAUUUCAGAAUGGAGCUGUUUUAGAGAUAGUACACGCAUCAGUUGGGCUGGUAUCAUCAAAUAUAAUACUUACAACAUUUCAAGUUUUUAGUCGCGUGAUGGUUGUAAUUGGUGUUCUCCAAGCUACUCCUUACACCUACGCUGUUGCCUCUCCAGGAUUUCCAUUAGCCAUUCUGGCGUGGUCUAUUACAGAAAUUAUUAGAUAUUUUUAUUACUUUGCCAACAUUGUUGGUUUUGUUCCUUAUAUAGUAGUCUGGCUCAGAUAUACCACAUUUAUCAUACUGUAUCCAAUUGGUGUAACUGGUGAAUUAUUGUGCUUUUAUGCUGCUGUGAUGUAUGCCAGCGCUAAUCCCACUGCAUGGAGCUAUGCUCUACCUAACUCAAUGAAUUUCACUUUCAGUUACUUGUAUCUCUUGAUAAUAGUCAUGGUAGCUUACAUUCCACUUUUUCCUCAACUUUACUUGCACAUGUUCGCACAAAGACGCAAAAUGCUCAAUCCUAGCAGUGCGACGAAGAAGAUUAAUUAAUUAUUACAGUUAAUUUGUUACAGUUUAUUCAUACACUUACAAGUAUUUUUGGCAGUAACAAAAGAUUUUCUUAAAUCUAUAAAUUCGGCCCUUAUACAAAGAUUAAAAUUAAAACUAUUUUUGUUAUAUAAACCUGUGAAUCCUAACUCACACAUAUACUAAGCUUAUUAAUAAUUCAAUUCAUUUAAUUGUUUUUGUUAUAAAAAUGUCUUCAAAAACACUAUUCGUGUACUUGAAAUUAUGAUCAAUUAUUUUUUAUAUCCGUCCGUAAAAUUGAAGAAAGAUAUGCAAACCAUAAAGGUGAUCCUUAGGUGAUCUAUAAAUUCUUUUUUUGUUAUGUCUGCUAAUUAUGCCAUGUGUAUGUAUACGAUAUAUAUACUAUAAAAUUGGGGAUUUGUAUUCUAUGAAGGAUAUUUUUAUAAUGCCUUUUAAUAUAUAUAUAAUAAAACUAAAAAUUUGUAUUGAA